AUGUCCAAAAGGCUCAGCCCUCAGUUACAGCACAUCAGGGAAGAUGCCUGUUGUGAAACACACCUGGAACCGAUACAGCUGUUCUGUGAUGUUGACCAAAUCAUCCUCUGCAGCAAAUGCUUCCAGUCCCAGGAGCACAAACAUCACAUGGUGUGUGGGAUACAAGAGGCUGCUGAGAAUUACAGGAAGUUAUUCCAGGAAAUACUGAACACAUCGAGGGAGAAACUUGAAGCAGCUAAAAGCAUAUUGACUGAUGAGCAAGAAAGAAUGGGGAUGAUUCAGGAAGAGGAACAAAAUUUUAGAAGGAUGAUUGAGUCUGAAUAUAGUAUGAGACUCCGGUUGCUGAAUGAAGAGUGCGAGCUGAAUCUCCAGAGAGAGCGAGAAUGUGUGUCUGACUUGAACUUGAGAGAAGGCCUUCUGAAUCAAGUGAUCAAGCUUGCCACAGAGCUAGAGGAGAUGUUCCAGGAAAUGCUGCAGAGACUGAGCCAUGUGGGGAGAGAGAACAUGAAGAAACUGAAAGAGAAUGAAGCCAGGGUUUCUGAACAGAUCUGCAGCCUCCAAAAGCUCACCACGGAGCUUGAGAAGAAGUGUGGGGAAGGCGCCUUAGCAUUGCUCAAGAAUGCAAAAUACUCUUUAGAAAGGAGCAGGUCACUGCUGCUUGAGCGUCUAGAGCCCGCUCAUAUCACAGACUUGAGUUUAUGCCACAUAAGAGGAUUCAGCAGCAUGUUCAGAGUACUCCAGAGACAUUUAACGUUGGAUCCUGAAACAGCUCAUCCCUGCCUGGCCUUAUCUGAGGACCUGAGAACUGUGAAAUUGAGGCAUGGGCAGCAGGAUGGGGCUGGCAACCCAGGAAGAUUGGACUUCAGUGCCACGGUGCUGGCUGCGGAGAGCUUCACCUCAGGGAGGCACUACUGGGAGGUGGACGUGGAAAAGGCAACCAGGUGGCAAGUGGGCAUAUACCACAGCUCUGCAGACACGAAGGGCAGCACGGCCAGAGAUUCCGGAGAGAAAGUCUUGCUCACAGGGUCGGUGAUGGAGACAGAGUGGACCCUCUGGGUCUUCCCCCCUCUGAAAAGGCUCUUCCUGAAAAAGAAGUUGGACACAGUUGGGGUUUUCCUUGACUACGAACACGGGCAGAUAUCAUUCUACAAUGUGACCGAGACGUCCCUCAUUUACAGUUUCUCCCAUUGCGCCUUCCAGGGAGCUCUCAGGCCUGUGUUUUCCCUCUGUAUCCCAAACGGAGACACAAGUCCAGACUCCCUCACCAUCUCCCCACAAUACGGUCCUUGUGAUGCUGCUGUUAGCCCUUAA